AUGGCCGCCCAGAUCGCUCUGAUCGACUUUUCUGGCUUCUACUCGGACGACGCCGCAAAGAAGAAGGCGGUAGUGGACCAGAUCCGGACGAGCUGUCUGCACAAUGGCUUCUUCCAGAUCGUGGGCCACAGCGUGCCGCUGGACCAGCAAAAGGCAGUGAUGGACGCGGUGAAGCGGUUCUUUGCGCUGCCGCAGGCCGACAAGGAUGCGGUCAGCAAGAACAACAACACGUGGAACCGUGGCUACGAGAUGCUGCGGUCGCAGAUCUUGGAGGAGGGCACGGAGCCGGAGCUGAAGGAGGGCUUCUACAUUGGCGACGAGAUCGCUGAGACGCAUCCGUACUUUGUGCAGCGACGGCUGAACAGCGGCCCGAACCAGUGGCCGGCAGCUCUGGGCGCCGAUCUGGCCAGCUUUCAGUCGGCCUCGAUGAACUACUACCAGUCGGCACUGGGGCUGGCGGCCGAUCUGCUGCGUGCACUGGCGCUCUCGAUGGACCUGCCGGAGGACUACUUUGGCCAGUUCAUGCAGGGCGCCGUGGCCACGAUGCGCUACCUGCACUAUCCGUCGCAGCCGGCGGACGCGGACGAGAAGCUGGCGCGCGGCAUCGGCGCCCACACCGACUUCGGCGCCAUCACGCUGCUGCUCCAGGACACCGUGGAUGGACUGCAGGUUCUAGACGCCGGUUCGCACACUUGGAUUGACGUCGAGCCGACGCCGGGCGCGCUGGUCGUCAAUCUGGGCAACCUGAUGCAGCGCUGGACAAACGAGCGGUACCGCAGCAACAUCCACCGCGUCAUCAACAAGUCCGGAAAGGAGCGCUACAGCAUCCCGGUCUUCAUCUCGGGCAAUCCCGACUACGUUGUCGACUGCAUCCCGACCUGUCUGGCGCCCGGCGAUGCCGUCAAGUUCCCGCCCAUCACCGUCGAGGCCGCCGUCAGCGCGUCGUAUGCCGAGUCCUACGGCCGGGCGCAGCUGUUCAAGGCCAAGCUGGCAGGGUCUGCGUGA